AUGUCGGAACAGCUGUCUCGAUUCGAUCCCGCUCUCACGCAGUACGCCAGCGUCACUAGUGCGCUUAACCAGCACAAGAUCCGUGUCCAGGCGGUCUCAGGCGCCAAUGCCAGUCUCCAGCCCGUGGAGUUUGUGUUGGAGAAGGGCACCACUGUGACUGCUCUCAAGUGGACCAAGAACGUUGGCGAGGGCGCCUCGUCGUCUUCUCGACGCAAGAAGACCAAGACCCAGGACUCGGCGGCUGCUUCUUCCGAGGAAUAUCUAGUUUCUGUGGGAACCAACCGGGGCGACAUUCUCACUUUUUCUCCCGCCCAGGCCAAGCUUGUGUCUGCUCUCCGAGGCGGCCAUUCUCUGCCUGUGGCCGACUUUGACGUCGACGCCAACUCCGGCACCACCUACUCUCUUGACAACCGAGGUCUUUUGAACGUGUGGAAGGGCUCUUCUGUGGAGCGAUCUGUGGACAAGACCGGCGCCAAGCUGGUGGCCGUUCUGCCCUCGGGUAACGUGCUGCUGGCCACCCACAACAUCGCCGUCUACGGCCCCCGGGGGGAUGACUCGUCGGCCGUCUCGUUUGACUCGGCUCUGUUUGAUAUCCCCUCGCACACCUCUACUGUCACCGAGCUGUGUGUUCGAGGUGACCUUGUUGCUGCCGUUGCUGGCGACCGUCUCAUCAACGUGGUUAACGUGGCUCAGAAGAAAAUUGUGCUGGUGCUCAUGGCCGAGUCGGGUGCCCACCGUGUCUCCAUGAACGGCGACAUUCUCACCGCCCUGACAGAGGGAGGAGCCGCCGAGUUCUUCCAGCUCGCCCAGACUAACGGAUCCACCCCCAACAGCAAGAAGGGAAAGCGCAAGAGCAUUGUCACCAAGUCCUCGUUUGCAUCGCUGGACCUGGAACGGGGCACUAAGGCUGCCGGCCAGAACCUCGUCAUCGACGCCAUCGCGCUCACCGCCAAGGAGGCCUACUACUCGUACACCGAGCGGGCCCAGGCCCAGUUUGCACACGUGACUCUGUCUGCCCUGGAGACCGAGCCCACCAUGACGGUGGUGCACGACCCCAAAAACGCCGCAAACCACUACACCGAGGAGCGAACCGUGCCCGUGUCCUACAACGAGGAGGACGCUAUCAUUGCUGCUGGAGACGACUAUUCACAGCUGGAGAACGGUGUAGGAAGCGACGAGUCCGAUGACGACGAGUCUGCCACUCUGGCCGAAAAGAUGGACGCUCUCAAGCGAGAAAACAAGACCACCAAGAGCGGACUUUCCGGAACUGCUCCCCCGACCAUGGGAUCUCUAUCCACUGUUCUUACCCAGGCCAUCAAGUCCGACGACGACGAUCUGCUCGAGUCGUGUCUCCUUUUCCGAGACGAGGAGGGCAUCAAGUCUACCGUCCAGCGACUCAACAGUAAUCUGGCCGUGCUACUUUUGGAGCGUUUGGCUGCCAAGAUGACCGCCCAACCCUCUAGAGGCCGACAGUUCAACGCCUGGAUCAAGUGGGUCAUGGUGGCACAUGGAGGAUACCUGGUGACCGUGCCCAAGCUGCUGGUGACUGUGUCGCGACUUCACAAGGCUCUUAAUACCCGAGUCAACACACUGGAUCGUCUGCUGGCUCUGGAGGGCCGUCUGGAGAUGCUUGAGGCCCAGAUGGAACUGCGAAACGCCAGCCACGGCGCCAACGACGACGACGAGGAGUCCGACUCCGAGGUCGAGUUUGUCGAGGGCGAAGAGGACAUUGACGAAGACGAUGAGGAAGACGACAUGUCCGAGAUCAUGGCCAUGGGCGAUGAUGACGAUGUCGAGAUGGGUGAGGGGGACGAAGGUGAGGAUGAUGAGGACGAGGACGAGGACGAAGACAGUGACGAAGAGGACGAGGACGAGAACGAGAUUGCUCUGCCUGACUCGGACGAGGAGGAGAUGAAGCAGGUGCUCAACAAGAAGCGAGGCAAGCAGUAA